UCUAUGAUUUUUGGAUUUUUUUCUGCUUUGAUUAUUUACAUUAACAUUAACUUCUUUAUUUUCACAUUUAUUUGUAUAUUUUCUACCAAUUUUAGGAAAUUUAUAUGUAAUUUCUGUCUUGUUAUUAUUUUCAAAAUCUUCUUGCGCAAGAUCAAAAUUUUCUAUUCUUGA